GGGCAUAUUAUUGGCGAAGCUUUGCGUUCUCAUGCCAAGACAGCGCCAUGUGUUUUUGGUAUUGCUCCUGGCAGCACUUGCUGGGUCAGUGGUGUGGGUGGCAAGGACUGAUUCGAGCAAGAUAAAGUUGCUGAGCUUUAGUAGAAUCAAUAUUACUUGGGAUGGAGAUGUGCGCCAACAGCUAGAACGUCUCGCUGGUGAGGUACGAACCUCAACUUCAAUCGCGUUGCCCUCCCCACAUGCGCCGGCUUCAAAGGAAGAACAGAUGGAGCAAGGCCAGCAAGGCAUGUUGAAAGCAGCUGGAAGAGAUGUUGAAAUCCAAACUAACCUUCCAUCGGAUCCUAUCAGCCAAAGCACGAGCAACCCGCCUGCCUCUACAGCUUCAGCUUCCACGUCUACUCCGAAGUUCUCGUCAUCCGUUUCCACGUCACCUCCGCCCUCCAUUUCGGCCUCUUUGAGGAGUUCCCUUUCUUCCGGCCGUUCCGGGCUCCGGCAGAUCUUGAACGAGGUGUGCCAAGUGGAACGGAAAGCUCCUGGUGUUCACAUGCGUCACAUGCCUUUGGUUCUACGAGAACAAGUCUUUUCUACCUUGGGCGAAGUGAUCUCGUCUCAACCUUUGGCUCCACUGGACAUCAAGACGAAUCCCUUAAUGGCUUCGCCACCACAACCGAACUGCCACCUCCCGGCGCUCAAAGAAUUCUUGACCGGAGAUUUGCGAGAGAAGCCCUUGAUGUUGAUCGAUUUGCCUACAGGCAUGGGUGGUGGCCCCGAAUUGGAGUUUUUAGAGCUUCGGCUCUUGGAGCUUCAAGACAUUGCAGAUUUGAUGGUGGCAGCGGAGUCCGAUUUCACCUUCCGUGGAGAUCGAAAGCCUCGACUGUUUCAGAAGAAUGCAAAUCGCUUCAAGAAUUUCAAUCAUUUGUUGUAUUUGGACUUGGAUCGUUGUGAACGAUUUCGAGCGGCGAUCGACAAGACAAGGGCAGAACACGGUCGUUCUCAGGCACAGUCGUUGUGGGCAAUUCAGAACACACAAAGACAAUGUUUGUGGCAACUGCUUCAGUCUGAGCGACCGAACUUGACGAAUGAAACCCUGGUGAUCUUCUCAGAUUUAGAUGAAAUCCCCAAUGGUGAGCAGAUGUUGGCAAUGAAGCACUGCGAAUGGAAAACGGAAGCCAAGUGUUUCCAACUACAACAGCAUGUGGUGACCUUUAACCUUCGUCAGGUUGGAACAGCUGCAGCAGGUUGUUUUCCUCAGAGCCCAUGGAAACAAGGACUGCUACUUCAGCUUGGCUGGGCACGAGCUCAUGUGUCCAUCCCUUUGCGGUUGAAGGUGGCACCGCUCCUGAAAGGUGGCGCCACACAUUUGUCACAUUUUGGAUCGGCGCCUGAGCUGCUGUUGAAAGGUCUUCAACAUGGAGAGGGCGGCGGAUUGUUUCUGAAGUUUCAGAAGAACAGAACGGCUUGUACUGCUACGGAUCAAGAUAUUGAUCAGCUAUUGACCACCUUCCGUGAUGACCCCAUCAGCAUUGUGCGAAGUUGGGAGAAGAAGAGUCAUCCACUGCCCAAGGCCAAACCAAACAAGGCCACCUUGGAGAAGUGUGGCAUCCCCUGGGCGCUUCGGGAGAAUCCCCAGCGCUAUGUCUCCUUUUGGGGCUUGAGAACCAAAUUGGUCCAAAGUGCCAAAGGUCUUCAAGGUCUUCAAAAGGACGAGAGAGUUUGGCAAAAAGAACUUCCCCCAGCUGAGCCAAGCAUGGUGCGAGCUUUCGGCUUUGUUUUGUGAAUACAGAGAAUCUGUUAGGUACGAAACACACAAAUUGGCCAAGCUGUAAACUAAGCACUGCAAGUUUGCAGUGCAGGCAUGGCACGGGCCGAACGGGAGUAGGUUGGCCCCAUACGCCUCAUUUUUGUCCCCAUAACUGUCAUCACAUUGUGGGCUGGAGCACGUUUGACUUUCUUGCAGACGGUGCUGAUCCAAUCAUUAAUAGCGUAGACUUCGACCCCAUAAAAUGCCCCAGGUGCAGUGUUCUUGCUGCCAAUUAUUCGAUCGUAGCCGCACAUGCAAUGCAUGGAGAUGAUGGAGAUGGCAAUUAUGGACUAUCGGCUUCUAUGGCAAGUCUGGUCCAAAAUGAGCAUUUCAUACUAAGACUGGGGUGGAUACAAGAAAGGUCAGCGGUGUUUUCCUGUUCAGCACAACAUGGGAGAUUUCGCUCAGUCCUCAGACUUUCUUUCUCCAACCUUGAGCUAAGCGUUUGAAGGCAAUUGAAGUUAGGACACAAACAGAAAUAAGGCAAGCAACACAUACCAAGCAGACUUUAGGGAGCAAGUGGAGAUCGCACUACUUUUCUAAAGUGAAAAUGGAAGCACCUGAAGGCGAAAAGCUGCUGAAACAGCUUCCAAUCGCAGAGUCCCAACUCAACCCGACGUUGUCCACAAAUUGGCACCACGAGAUGCUGCAUCCAAAAGCCGUCCUUCCCUGGUGUUCAAUGCGGAAUCGACAUUU